AGGGGCCUCUGGUGGCGGUCGGGAACUGGUGGGGGAGGCGGCAACAUUGUUUCAAGUUGGACAAAUUGACAAGAGCCAGACGUAGACUGCGUUCCAUCCCGACCUGGGGCUACGGUGCUGAGCUCUGUUUCCCCCUCCUCCGCCUCCGAGAGUCAGGGCCCGCUUUCUGCAGGGUUCCCAGGCCCCCGCUCCAGGGCCGGGCGACCCUACUCUCUAGCGCUUCAUGGAGAACUUCCAAAAGGUGGAAAAAAUCGGAGAGGGCACGUACGGAGUUGUGUACAAAGCCAAAAACAAGUUAACGGGAGAAGUGGUGGCGCUUAAGAAAAUCCGCCUGGACACUGAGACUGAGGGUGUACCUAGUACUGCCAUCCGUGAGAUCUCUCUGCUCAAGGAACUUAACCACCCUAAUAUUGUCAAGCUGCUUGAUGUCAUCCACACAGAAAAUAAACUCUACCUGGUUUUUGAAUUUUUGCACCAAGAUCUUAAGAAAUUCAUGGAUGCCUCUGCCCUCACUGGCAUUCCUCUUCCCCUCAUCAAGAGCUAUCUAUUUCAGCUGCUUCAGGGCCUAGCUUUCUGCCAUUCUCAUCGGGUCCUGCACCGAGACCUUAAACCUCAGAAUCUGCUUAUCAAUGCAGAGGGGGCCAUCAAACUAGCAGACUUUGGAUUAGCCAGAGCCUUUGGAGUCCCUGUUCGUACAUAUACCCAUGAGGUGGUAACACUAUGGUAUCGGGCACCAGAAAUCCUUCUGGGAUGCAAAUACUACUCCACAGCAGUGGACAUCUGGAGCCUGGGCUGUAUCUUUGCAGAGAUGCACCUAGUGUGUACCCAGCACCAUGCUAAGUGCUGUGGGGAACACAGAAGAAAUGGAAGACACAGUCUCUGCCCGCUGUGCUCCUAUCUAGAAGUGGCUGCAUCACAAGGAGGGGGGAUGACCGCAGUGUCUACCCCACACCCCGUGACCCGCAGGGCCCUAUUCCCUGGAGAUUCUGAGAUUGACCAGCUUUUCCGGAUUUUUCGGACUCUGGGGACUCCAGAUGAGGUGGUUUGGCCAGGAGUUACUUCUAUGCCUGAUUAUAAGCCUAGUUUCCCCAAAUGGGCCCGGCAAGAUUUUAGCAAAGUUGUACCUCCCCUGGAUGAAGAUGGACGAAGCUUGUUAUCGCAAAUGCUGCACUACGACCCCAACAAGAGGAUUUCAGCAAAAGCAGCUCUGGCUCACCCAUUCUUCCAAGAUGUGACCAAGCCAGUACCCCACCUUCGACUCUGAUGUUCUUCCCCAAGCCCUCACCCCCAGUCUCACUCUGUCCUCCAGUGUGGGUUUGACCUGGCUUGACUCUGGGCUAUUUGGACUCAGGUGGGCCCUCUCAUCUUUUCUGGGUGCCUUAACACUUGCCUUCCCCUCUCAUCCAACCAGCUCUGGGCAUCCAGAGGUAGAGAGGAGGAAUAAGUGAAAAUGUAAAGAAGUUUCAGUAUUAGAUGCACUUAACUCAGCUUCUGCCACCCUUUCUCUCUUUUUUUAGUCAUUGCUGAGGAGGGCUGGUUUUCAAAACAAAACAAAACUGACUGUUCUCUCCCCACAUGGGGUUUGCCAUCCCAAUUUCCUGCGUUUGGGAUGACCAGUUACCCCAGGCCUCCUGCUGCCACUGUUUUUGUAAGGACCAGAGGAUAGCAGGAGGCAGAGUUGGAACGUUUGAGAACCAAGCAAAACAAAACCAUGGGGAGGGAUCUAUUUUAAAGAAUUAGGUUAAAAAAUAGAUCCAAUCAGUUUAUACCCUAGUUUUAGUGUUUCAUCUUGCCUAACAGGCUGGGAAACUCAAGACAGAGCCCCAUUGGGGAAGCAGAAGAAAUGAUUACCUAUAGACCCCUUGUCUGCCCCUCCUAGGGGCCAAGAGGAGUCUGGGAGGCCCAGGGGACAGGGAUUGUGCUGCACUCUGACCUGUUGCUUCACCAUGGCCUUAUGAGGCAGGUGAGAUAUUUGAAUUUCUCUUUUCCUUUUAUGAUUUUAGUUCUUGCCAGGGAUCUCUGCUCCCAUCUUCUUUGGAAGUUGUCUCUUACCCCAUAAGAGUGAAGUUAGGGUCUGGAUUUCAUUUGGAGAAUGCUGGUACUUUUUCAAGGUUGUGCCUGAGUGGGGGCAUUGGGAAAAAAUUAUUUCUUUAAAAGAAGGAUGAACAAUUAUAUUUAUAUAUCAGGUUAUAGUUGUGUUUUCUUUUUGUUUUGUUUUGUUUUUGUCUUUUGUCAGAGUGGCUGGAUUUGUUGUCGUGUGCACCUUGGGGUUUUGUAAUUUUAAUGUUUAAAAAAAGUACUUUUUCUUUUUAUGAUUUUGUCUCUCAUCUCCCACCCUGUCCUUGAGUGCUCUUUCUCUAUUAACAUUAUUUGUAAUUUAGUUUGUAAUUCAUUAAAAGAAAUGUUCCUAGUU